AUGCCCUCGAUCCUCUCGAUUCCAACUCGCGGCACCCCUAUGCUGGGCACCCUCCUGCCUCGACCUCGAUUUGCAGGUUUACUUCGCGCCACUCGUCCUUUUGGCUCGGGCGCGUCCUCUGAUGAUCCCCUGAAGCAGACGAAGAAAGCGACGCAGGACGCGCGCAAGCACUCAACUAAUCCCGUCGACGCGGCAUCUCCUCAACUCAAGGAAAGGGCAUACACGGACGCUACGGGGAAUAAGGAGGGCGUUGGGAUGGUUGACCAGGUUGGGAGCCAGAGCGCUACUGCAAAUAAGAUGGGAGCAAGGCCGGCGAAGUGA